AGCCAAAACCCGCCACUUUCAACCCGCCAAUCAUGUUCUUCCUCGGCUUCGAGCCCCUCAGCCGGCCGCGCUCUCCGAUGCCCCGCCCUCCCGGAACCACCUCGCCUGUGACGUAGGUGGCGCGCGCACGGCCUCGGGGCCCGUCUUUCUCGACUGGGACCGGAGAACGUUGUCGCUUGUCCUAUGACGCGAAAGUAACCAAGACUGUCGGGAUCAGGAGACUGAAAGGACUGAAGGCCGCAGUACUUGACCCUGUAUUUUGGGAGUUGAACGGAGAAUGGAAACUGAAAGUGAAAAUCAAGAAAAGAUAAUGGAAGAAGAAAGCACUGAAAAGAAAAAAGAAGUUGAAAAAAAGAAACGGUCACGAGUUAAACAGGUGCUUGCAGAUAUUGCUAAGCAAGUGGACUUCUGGUUUGGGGAUGCAAAUCUUCACAAGGAUAGAUUUCUUCGAGAACAGAUAGAAAAAUCUAGAGAUGGAUAUGUUGAUAUAUCACUACUUGUGUCAUUUAACAAAAUGAAAAAAUUGACUACUGAUGGGAAGUUAAUUGCCAGAGCAUUGAGAAGUUCAGCUGUUGUAGAGCUUGAUUUGGAAGGCACCAGAAUCAGGAGAAAAAAACCUCUGGGGGAAAGACCAAAGGAUGAGGAUGAGCGCACUGUGUAUGUGGAGUUACUUCCCAAAAAUGUUAAUCACAGUUGGAUUGAAAGGGUCUUUGGGAAAUGUGGCAAUGUGGUUUAUAUAAGUAUACCACAUUAUAAGUCUACUGGAGAUCCAAAAGGAUUUGCAUUUGUAGAAUUUGAAACAAAAGAACAAGCAGCAAAAGCAAUUGAGUUUCUUAACAACCCACCAGAAGAAGCACCAAGAAAACCUGGCAUAUUUCCUAAAACAGUGAAAAAUAAGCCCAUUCCAGCCUUAAGAGUUGUAGAAGAAAAGAAAAAGAAAAAGAAGAAGAAAGGCCGAAUUAAGAAGGAAGACAAUGUCCAAGCCAAAGAGGAAAACAUGGACACAAGCAACACCAGCGUCAGUAAAAUGAAAAGAUCCAGACCCACAUCUGAGGGCUCUGAUCUAGAGUCUCCUGAAACCCAAAAGCAGCCUUCAAAGAAAAAGAAAAAACGGGAUAAAGUUGAAGUAUCCAGCUUACCUGAAGCCAGAACAGGGAAGAGGAAGAGAAGUGGCUCUGAAGAUGCAGAAUCCCUAGCUCCACGAUCAAAAAUAAAGAAAAUUACUCAGAAAGACAUGGUUAAGGAAGCUUCAGAAGUCUCCAGAGAAAAUAGAGAUAUAGAAAUCUCUACUGAAGAGGAAAAGGAUACUGGAGAUCUAAAGGAUAGCUCUCUCUUAAAAACAAAAAGAAAACACAAGAAAAAACAUAAAGAGAGACAUAAAAUGGGAGAAGAAGUUAUACCAUUAAGAGUGCUAUCAAAGAGCGAAUGGAUGGAUUUGAAAAAAGAGUAUUUAGCACUACAAAAAGCUAGCAUGGCUUCUUUAAAAAAAACAAUAUCUCAAAUAAAAUCAGAGUCAGAAAUGGAAACAGACAGUGGAGUACCUCAAAAGACUGAAAUAAAAAAUGAAAAAAGUAAAGACAGCAGUGAAGAGUGUCGCACCCAGGAGAAAGUUAAUGCAUCAGGACCACAGUUCGUGAGUGGAGUGAUUGUGAAGAUCAUUAGCACAGAGCCUCUACCUGGCAGGAAACAAGUCCGGGAUACUUUGGCAGCAAUCUCAGAAGUUCUUUAUGUUGAUUUGCUGGAAGGAGAUACAGAAUGCCAUGCUAGAUUUAAAACUCCUGAGGAUGCUCAAGCAGUAAUAAAUGCAUAUACAGAAAUUAACAAGAAACACUGCUGGAAACUCGAGAUCCUUUCUGGUGAUCACGAACAAAGAUAUUGGCAGAAGAUUUUGGUUGAUAGACAGGCAAAACUUAAUCAGCCUCGGGAAAAGAAAAGAGGCACUGAAAAGUUAAUCACCAAAGCUGAAAAGAUCAGACUGGCGAAGACUCAACAAGCAAGUAAACACAUUAGAUUUUCUGAAUAUGACUGAAAAAAUGUUUACCUCUUAAUACUUCACUAGAUACUUGAGCUAUUGGGAUAUUCACUUUUAUUAUGGUAGCACUGCAUAAUGAAUGUUUUUUUAAUUAAAAGAAAUACUUUUAUUCCUCAACUUGUAAAUAAGACUUUUUUCUUAAGACAAAUACGUUAUAUACCACAAUUUUUUUCUUAAACAUUGUAUUUGUUGAAAUUAUCUUAGAUGUCGAUGUCAGGUGAUUUAGUAAAUAAAUGUGUUUUGAAGAUUA